GAGACAGUAGCGAAGGAAAAGGUAAUGGUGGCAUUGGGUGGUGGCAACACUGACCGUCGAGGUGUUUGACGACAACAGAUCGAAAGAAUCGCCAGUGAAUGACUAGUUUAUGACAAAACAGCGGCAUAAUGUCAGGCUUCGACGACAACCCCUUCGCUGACCCCUUCGCUGAACCUUCAAUCCAGCAGGCUACAAGAGGCUCUUCUCAAAAUGGCUUGGAAGAAUAUGACCCAUUCAGCAGCCAGAGAACUGGUAACAACACCACUACAACAGUUGGCACCGGUGGAAAUGCUGCCCCGUAUGUACAGCCAGUUGUGGGUAGUGGUGUGGUGAGUGGGCAGCCAGCAGUUGUCACCCCUACACCAAACAAUCCUCCCACUUACACACCCUCGGCCCAACAGCAAGUCACCACUGCAGAAUUUCAGGAAUUAAAGAGGCGACAAGAGGAGUUGGAGAAGAAGGCUGAAGAAUUAGCCCGGAAAGAGGAGGAGCUGCGUAAUGUUGGGUCAGCGGGAGCUCGUCAGGACAACUGGCCUCCACUUCCUGCAGCAUUUCCAGUUGGCCCCUGCUUUUAUCAAGAUAUCAACGUUGACAUUCCACUUGAAUUUCAGAAGAUUGUCCGCAUGCUGUACUACUUGUGGAUGUUUCAUGCUCUGAUGCUGUUGUUGAACAUCCUCGGAAGUCUUGGAUUAUUCAUUCAGCUUGAUGAGGGCUCGACCUUUGGCUUGGCUAUCCUCUACUUCAUCCUCUUCACACCUUUCUCCUACAUAUGCUGGUUCAGGCCAGUCUACAAGGCUUUCAGGAGUGACAGCUCUUUCAACUUCAUGGUAUUCUUCUUCGUGUUCUCCGUUCAACUGAUCGUGAGCAUAGUGAAUGCCAUUGGAAUUCCUGGAACGGGGAGUUGCGGCUUCAUCCUUGGACUAUCCACUUUGGGUCAGGACAAUACCCCGGCUAACUACAUUGUUGGCAUCAUUGUGUUCAUGAUCGCUCUGGGUUUUGCUGCAGUAGCGGCUGUUGAUACCAUCCUCCUUAUCAAGGUACAUCGCAUCUACCGAAGUACAGGGGCCAGCUUUGCCAAGGCUCAAGCCGAGUUCUCCCAGGGAGUGAUGCGAAAUGAACAUGUCCAAAAUGUCACGGCGAAUGCAGCGUCGGCGGCAGUUCGAAACCAGUUUGGCGCACCAACAACGCCUGGGGCCAAUCCUUCUAGCCCACGCUUCUAAUGUAUAGCAGGACAUAGGGCACUGGACACACGCACCAAGUGUUCUCAUCCAUCCCUCCUCAGUGAGCAUCGGCUGUCUCCCCUGAUCAUCCCUCAGGGAAGUAGAAUUUAUGGUUCCUUGCUUCCCUUUUUUUUCUCUGCCCAUUUCCCAUGCCUUUGUACAUUAGGUUAUGAAGUCCUGGCAUAGCCUUGUAUAGAGUAACGUUAGUAUUAAUUCUUACGAGAAUUGCUACUCGGUGAGGUCAACCUUGUGUGUUAUACUUGGUUGACAUCUUGUGGCAGACCUGAAAGGAAUUUUCUUGUAUCCUCCUGUAACUGCCCUCCAAUUUAUGAUGGCAGUCACGAAAUUUAACGUCUUAAACCAUCCUAUGUGGUUCACAAUGAUUUUUCCUCAACUUUUAGGAUAAAGGUUUACAGUGACUUAAUUGUGUGGGCUGAAAUUUAGAACGCCUCUAUUGUAAAAUGUAUAUUGGAUACAGACGUAGUCUUAAAUAUAGGUUUCUAAUGUAUAACUAUGAACUUAGCUUCCUACAUUCAGUCAUUUAUCUUAAUUUUUGUCUAUUAACAUGGCUAACAUUUGAAUGUGAUAUGUUUAGAACUAUAAAUAUUGUAUUGCAAGGUAAUGUAAUAUUAAUGUACAAAAGAAAAGCAUGAAUUAACAUUCAAAAAUUUUUUUUUUGCUUGUGUAAUAAUUUUUACAAGAGCUUUAGAUUUUAAGUGUGCACAUCUUGUUGGCCGAGUCAUUGUUAAUGCUCCUAAAGGAUGGAAGUACCAGACUUGAAAGUGAAUAGAGUAGGCAAGAUUAGUUGGAAGCAAUUUACCUGAAGAUUAUCACAUAAAAUGAGAAUUGUAUAUUGAUGGUAGUAUCAUUAGUUAGCAUUGUUUUAACUUUUUGUUGGACCCGUAAGUGUGAUUGCGUUUAUUGCAUAGCCAGCCAUUGCCAUAUGGAGUGGAACUGGUCCUCUAACCAAUUUCUCGUGCAGAUAAUUAUGAAUGUUCAGUUAGUGAUGGAUAAAUGCUUUUCAGAAGCUUCAAAUCUUUAUUUUUAUACUCUGAUUUGGGUGUAAAGAAUGAAUUUGCAUUUAGGAUUAUUUUGUAUUUGCCCUGAAUUCACGUAUAGAAAUAGUGGAUGACAUGCUGAAUUAAUAAUACAAGUAGUCAAAAGGUCAGUUGCAACCAUAGCAGUAAACUGCAUCACUUUAUAGUGAAAUGCAAAAGAGCAAUCUGGAAUUUAAGUACUAAAUUGCACAGUAGUCGCUGACUUUGUGAACUUGGUGAUGGCUGUGAGUGGAUGUAUGGUAGUUUGUAGAUUUGUAAAUGAAAUUAGCCUGAAAUAAUUGCAUUGACAAGUGUGCCAUUUUAUGACCCAGGAUCCAAAGUGCAGCAUACCAAGGUUUUUAAGUGCUUGGCUAAAUUAGUAAAUUGCCAAGAAUACAGGUGAAGCAUCUUGACAAUGUGCAUUUAAAAACAAUUUUUUUUUUUCCCCGUUUUGAGAUGUACACAAGAUAUUGUAGAUGUGUGCUAUUCACUUGGUACAAUAUACUGUAUGAUUUAGGCAGAUAAUGCUAGCUAGCUAUUGCAAGUUUCCAAACUAUUCAGUGGAUUUUCAUGAAAGUAGGCAAGGAGAGUUUUCUUUUAUUUGAAUGUGCAACUGUCCUAGAGUCAGGUAAAUUUUGUUUAAGAAAUUACUUAGUUAUAUAGUAGCUUUCAGUAAACCUACUUCAACCUAUUUCCAUGUGAUAUAAUAAAUUUCAUGUAAACUCCUUUAUAAAGAUGUUAAUUUUGUACAAUAGAAGCAUCUGUUUAUUCUGCACACAUGUAAUUUGGGUGGAUAAUUGUUAGGCUUUGGGUUCAUCUUGUGGGUUUGGAGCAUCAUUGUUCCCACGGAAUGUUCUUGAGCAACGUAAUGCUCACUUGUCAUCCUCCGUUUUAAAUUUAAUAGGAAUAAUUAUGAGCCAAAAUUGUUGUCAUAACUUAAGAUUCAUAUGUCAGGUGAAUUAGUGGAAUGCAGAAUUUCAUUACCUAACUAUGAAUUUGUGCAUAUACAUCUUGUAUUUUUAUCAAUCUCUCUGCCUGUACAUACAUACAUAUAUAUAUUUUGAAUGCCUUGCUCUCUCCAGGGUUUAAGCGGAGAUUUUUAACAUGAAUUUGGUGUGAAGUGCUGGAUGGCAUGGUUGCUAAAUGAAAAACAAAUUUGUCUGCCAUUUUAUACACUAAUCUAAUUAUCAUAAUAAAUUCAGAAGAAAUUGAAGGUUAAAAGUAAACCAUUAAGUUGUAAAAAGAGCACUGAAAAAUUACUAGAUCUUGUAAUAGUUUAGCUUUAUUUGUUCAUGCUUUUUUUUUUUUUAAACUUCUCAGUUUGGAAGUGCUUAUUGUCUGGUUAAUGAAGAGGCCAUCCAUGCACAUCUGGGGAAAGUGAAGUGCAUUUUAUGAGGCUUUAAUUUGCUUCAAUUGGUAACCAUUUCUGGGCCGUGAAGUGUUGCACCCUUUUUAUGAGGGAAGCUGUGAAGGUAAAUGUUGUUAUUUAUUACUUGCUGUUUGUUUAGUUUCCUCAUGCUGCUUGAAUUUAAAAAGUGGAAUUGUUUAUAUGAAUCAUAUAUUUCAUGGGUUUGCAUCCUUGAUUGUUUAGGUGAACAAUAUUCAACUGUUUGUGAUUACAUUCUACAAUAUAAUUGAAAUGAGUUAUUUUUGGUUUUCUUUAGAUACACAAAUAUCAUUCAUGUGUUCACACACGUGUGCACAUGCUCAUACAUGUAUAUAUAUAUAUUAACAGUAAUUUACCAGCAUACUUCACAAAUUGUAUGGCUUACUAAAUCAGAUGUAAGCAGGCUAGGAGAGCUAGUGUUUUUGUUGGCUCGUUUCACAGGUUUGCUCAGUGUGUGUGUGUGUAACGAUUAUAUUCAACAUUUUAUAGGGUGUUAUAAGCAGUACAGCAGGUAUUAGUGUGGUAGCUCAUGAAGAAAUAUUGAUAGUGACAGUAUAAAACAUGUGGAAUACCAUAACUGUUAAACUGAAGUCUUAUGAUAACGGUGAGGGUUUAGUUCAGGGCCAGUCAUAUACAGUCUAAAGGCAGCCAAAUACCACUUGAAAGUUUGAGUAUUGUUACCCGAAGCAGAUGAUAUUGCUCAAAUGUUUACUUGUAGUAUAAAGAGCAAUACUGUAGUCGAGACUCGAGAUAUUUAGUGGUAUGUUAAAAAGGUAAUAAUAAUAAUUAGGCAUUUGAAACAGCAUGUAAAGAAUGAUGUUAGUAUAGGAGCCUGAAGGGCAUGUAUUGCUGGGGCCAAAUUCACGAAGCAGUUAAGCAAGUACUUACGAACGUGUACAUCUUUCCUCAAUCUUUAGAUGGCUUUGGUUACGUUUAUUAAACUGUUUAACAACAGUUGAUCGGGAAGUGUUCAUGUUUGUAUUGUUAUAAACAGCCUCCUGGCUCAUUAAAUAAUUGUCAACAAAGCCGCCAAAGAUUGAGAAAAGAUGCACAGAUUCGUAGGUGCUUGCAUAACUGCUUCGUGAAUCUGGCUCCUGGACUGCAGAUAGUGCAUUCUAGGAUGAAAUGAAAGUGCAGUCAUCCUUGUAUUUUUAAAGUGUGUGGUAUUACUUUCCAUUUCAGAACUUGAGUUUGAAUGAAAUAUAUAUAUUGUAGGUGUUAA